AGCAAUUCCAGGUGCGACGUCACUUUUUUUCUCUUUUUUUUUCUAUUAAAUUUUUAACAUUCAAGCGCGUUUCUUCGUCCUUUCUUUGUUUUUGAAUUAAUGGAAGAGUCAAGCACAAGACAAAGUUCAAAAUUAUCCCUAGGUUCUUCACCUUCAAUAUUAAGCGGCGAAGACCAGCUUGAACUUGAUGGACCCCUUACACCAAUUGAAGCAAUGGACGAUGAUGAAGAUGACUUGUCUGCACUCAAUAGCAUUCUACAGACAGGUUCACCUGGUUCUUUAUCAAAUGAAGAAGUAAUAGACGAUGAUGAAGACGGCGACGAUGAGAAAAUGUCUUCAGAAAGAGAAGACGAUUCUGCUUCUUCACUUUCCUCUGCACUCGAUGAUUUCCCACUGUCAAGGUCAGCAUCACCUGUUGCAGAAGAAGAAAAAGAACAAGUGACAAGGAAACGCAGAAAGGAAGAAACUGAAAAAGAUGAAAAGGAAGAAGAAAAUAUACUUGUGAAAAAGAUCAAAAAGGAAGAGCCGGAGAAUAGCUCCUUGAGUAGUAUCGGUGACAAUAAUGAUAUGGGUAGCAAAAAGAGAAAACGCUAUGAGCCAGAUACAAAGACAAGGAGAAGACAAGGCAGACAAAAGGAAGAGGAGAAUGGUGAGUCAAGUCAGAAAGAAGAGGAUGAAGAUCAUGUAAAAGAGCCUCGCAAAAUGAGAAAGGCGGAAGAAAAGAAUCAAGAAGAAGACGAAAAGGAAGAGGAGAAGGAUGAUGAAAAAGAAAAUGGCAAAGAAGAAGAAGAGAAAGAAAAGAGUGAAAAUGAAAUAACAGAAAAUGAUGAAGAUUAUCAACAACGACACAAAGAAGCACUUGAUGCACUUACACACAUUGAAGUUGAAUUCGCCAGAUUAAGGGAUAGAAUGUAUCAAGAAAAGAUGUCAGAACUAAACGAGGAAGCGAUUAUGAUUGCGAAUGGCACACAUCCAGAAUUAAUAUCAUUAAUGGCAGAAAUUGAAGAAAAGAAAGGAAAGAGAAUCAAUAGCGCAGAGGCAUGGCGUAGACAUCAAUAUGCAAACUUUAAGAGACAGUAUGAAGGAUUUGAGUACCAAGCGAAUAUUCAUUUUAUAUCACAAAAGAACGCGUUAAGACGUAAUCUGCUAAGCAGUAUUCAUGACAAGAAAUGGAGCAUUGAGAAUGAACGUAAAAAGUUGAAUGAUCUAUCGAUGGAUAAACCUCAGUAUGAUGGACGUGAAUUGAUCAUUCAAAAGAGAGAGCAAAGAGAUGAAACGAAUGAAUUGAUAGACAUAAAAGAAACAAUUGGAUUUCCUAUGGCACCAAACCCGACUGGACUUAAUGCUCAAGAUAUUGAUGAAGAUUUGAGAAUAAUGGGUAUUCAUCCUACAUAAAAAUUGAUACACAUAUUGGCAUUUAUACAUCAUUAUACCCCCCCCCCUUUUUUUUUUUCAAUAAUUCUUUUUAUAUAUCUCUUUAUUCGCGCUCUCUCUCUCUCUUUUACUAUCAUUGUUAUUCGAUCCCACCCCCUUUUUUUUAUGAUUGCUUGUCAACUUUUUUUUGUACCAUAUUGUCAUUAGAAAUAUUACACGUGCAA